GGUAUUAGAACGAAAGUUUGUUUCUUCUUGUUUUUGAUUCUUACGGAAACCGUGUAAAAGAUUGGUCUUUUUUCUGCAAAGUUUCAGUUUUACGACGGAGAUUACACAUUUAUAUUAAGUGUCGGUUCCCUUGUCAGAAUCUGUAUGCUGUGCUCUUAAUUUCCCUGCUUGGGCAUUUUAUGAUUAAAAAAGGCUGUUGCUUUUUGAAUUUUCCUUUUCUUUCUGUUCUUUUAAUUUUUGGAAUUUGUUUGUUUAGUUAAAAAUCAUCUGAGUUUUUAGGCUGUUGCUUGGCCUAGAACUGGGAUUUUGGGUUUUUUCGUUCUUAUUUUCUCUUCUUCUUCCAUUCAAUCAUGGAGUUUUAUGGGUUCUGAGUCUGUGUUCCGGUCUUCUCCUGGGAAAAAAUGGCAUUUCUUGAGUGAAUUUUUCUCUACAAAAUCACAGCUUUAGUUGUUUCUAGCUGCCAUUUUGUUCAAAUUUUGGAGCUUUUGUGUACUGGGUGAUUUUUUCUUCUGGGUUUAUACCGCAUUCACCAGGGAAAGAUAUUCUGUGUCAAAGAGAAAAUUUUUUUUGGGGUGACCUCCUUUGCAAGGGAUGGCUGGUGGAAGAAGAAGAAAGCUGCUUCUUAGCAAGAUCUAUCCAUUUACAUGUGGGAGAGCAUCAUUUAGGGAUGAUCAUUCACAGAUUGGGCAGCCUGGAUUUUCCAGGGUAGUUUUCUGCAAUGAACCGGGCAGCUUUGAGGCCGGAAUCCGCAAAUACAGCAACAAUUAUGUUAGGACUACAAAGUAUACUUUCGCUUCUUUCUUGCCCAAAUCCUUGUUUGAGCAGUUUAGGAGAGUGGCAAAUUUUUUCUUUCUGGUUACUGCAAUUUUGUCCUACACUGCUCUUUCUCCAUAUUCCGCCAGCAGUUCUGUUGUCCCCCUAGUAAUUGUUAUUGGUGCAACGAUGAUGAAAGAGGGGAUCGAAGAUUGGCGGCGAAAACAGCAGGAUAUUGAGGUGAAUAAUAGAAAGGUCAAAGUACAUCAGCACGAUGGGAAUUUUGAUUAUACUGAAUGGAAGAAUCUAAGAGUGGGAGAUAUAGUGAAGGUGCAUAAGGAUGAAUUCUUUCCUGCAGACCUGCUCUUGCUUUCAUCCAGUUAUGAUGAUGCAAUCUGCUAUGUUGAGACCAUGAAUCUUGAUGGUGAAACAAAUCUGAAACUCAAACAAGCUCUAGAAGUAACUUCAUCCUUGGAUGAAGACUCAGACUUCUCGAACUUUAGAGCUACCAUUAAAUGUGAAGACCCAAAUGCAAAUCUGUACUCGUUUAUUGGAACUAUGGAGCUUGAAGAGCAACAACACCCCCUUUCUCCUCAACAACUUCUCCUCAGAGACUCAAAACUCCGAAAUACUGAGCACAUUUAUGGUGCUGUUAUCUUCACUGGUCAUGACACAAAGGUGAUUCAGAAUUCUACUAAUCCCCCUUCAAAGAGAAGCCGAAUUGAGAGGAAGAUGGAUCAUAUCAUCUACUUCUUGUUUUGUGCACUAUUUACAAUCUCAUUUGUUGGUUCUAUCUUCUUUGGCAUUUCAACUAAAAAUGACCUGGAAAAUGGAAGGAUGAAGAGGUGGUAUCUUAGACCAGAUAGUUCUGAGAUCUUCUUUGACCCUAAAAGAGCACCUGUUGCAGCAAUCUAUCACUUCCUUACGGCUGUACUACUGUAUAGUUAUUUGAUCCCUAUUUCCUUGUAUGUGUCAAUAGAAAUUGUCAAAGUUCUUCAGAGCAUUUUCAUCAAUCAAGAUCUUCAGAUGUACCAUGAGGAGUCUGACAAGCCGGCGCAUGCACGUACAUCUAAUUUGAAUGAAGAGCUGGGCCAGGUUGACACAAUACUGUCUGAUAAGACUGGAACUUUGACCUGCAACUCAAUGGAGUUCAUCAAGUGUACCAUUGCUGGGACAGCUUAUGGUCGUGGUGUGACAGAGGUUGAGAGGGCCAUUGGUAGAAGGAAAGGUUCACCUUUGGGUAAUGGAGAAGUAAAUGGUGUGAGCAACACUGAGGAUUCUGCUGAUGCAAAGUCAACAGUUAAAGGCUUUAACUUUAAGGAUGAAAGGGUCAUGAAUGGAAACUGGAUUAGUGAGCCUCAAGCAGAUGUCAUACGGAAGUUCUUCCGACUGUUGGCAGUUUGUCAUACAGCAAUUCCUGAAGUUGAUGAAGAUACAGGGAAUGUUUCUUAUGAGGCUGAAUCACCGGAUGAAGCAGCAUUUGUGAUUGCAGCAAGAGAAGUCGGCUUUGAAUUCUACAAAAGGACACAAACAAGCAUCUCAAUAAGAGAGCAGGAUCCAGUGUCUGGCAAGAAAGUUGAGAGGUUGUAUCAACUUUUGAAUGUUCUAGAAUUUAACAGCACCAGGAAACGGAUGUCAGUAAUCGUAAGAGAUGAGGAGGGCAAACUUAUAAUCCUUUCUAAAGGUGCUGACAGUGUCAUGUUUGAAAGGCUUGCCAAGAAAGGUGGAGAGUUUGAAGAGGAUACCAUGGAGCACUUGAAUGAGUAUGCUGAUGCGGGCCUCAGGACACUAGUACUUGCAUAUCGUGAGUUGAGUGAAGAAGAAUAUAAUGAAUUCAACCAGAAAUUUUUGGAGGCCAAAAAUUUAGUUAGUGCAGAUCGUGACACAUUAAUAGAUGAAGUUGCUGAGAAGAUUGAGAGGGAUCUGAUCCUCCUUGGUGCUACUGCUGUUGAGGACAAGCUCCAAAAUGGGGUUCCUGAUUGCAUUGAUAAGCUAGCACAAGCAGGAAUCAAGCUUUGGGUUUUGACUGGAGAUAAAAUGGAGACUGCCAUUAAUAUUGGCUAUGCUUGUAGUUUGCUUAGGCAAGGUAUGAAGCAGAUCAUAAUCAAUCUAGAUACUCCUGAAAUCCAAUCAUUAGAGAAAAUUGGUGAAAAGGCUGCCAUCACUAAGGCAUCAAAAGAAAGUGUCGGAAAUCAGUUAACUGAUGGAAAAGCUCAGCUCACUGCAUUAAGUGCAAGCGAUGGGGCAUUUGCUUUAAUCAUUGAUGGGAAAUCACUCGUUUAUGCUCUAGAGGAUGACAUGAAGAAAAUGUUUAUAGAGCUUGCAAUGGGUUGUGCAUCUGUCAUUUGUUGCCGUUCUUCACCAAAACAGAAGGCACUGGUGACCAGACUUGUUAAAAGUGAAACUGGGAGAACAACAUUAGCAAUUGGAGAUGGUGCUAAUGAUGUUGGAAUGCUUCAAGAAGCAGAUAUUGGCAUUGGAAUCAGUGGAGUUGAAGGAAUGCAGGCAGUGAUGUCAAGUGAUAUAGCAAUUGCUCAAUUUCGAUAUUUGGAGCGCUUGCUACUUGUCCAUGGACAUUGGUGUUAUAGGAGGAUCUCAACAAUGAUAUGCUACUUUUUCUACAAGAACAUUGUAUUUGGCUUCUCUCUAUUUUUAUAUGAAGCAUAUGCAUCAUUCUCUGGAGAACCUGCAUACAAUGACUGGUAUUUGGCACUUUUUAAUGUCUUCUUCUCAUCACUUCCUGUUAUUGCACUGGGUGUUUUCGAUCAGGAUGUAUCUGCACGGUUUUGUCUCAAGUUUCCUUUGUUAUACCAAGAAGGGGUACAGAAUGUCCUUUUUAGUUGGCGCCGGAUAUUUGGAUGGAUGUUUAAUGGGUUAUAUAGUUCCAUAAUCAUUUUCUUUCUCUGCUCUAAAGCACUGGAGCACCAGGCCUUCACUAGUGAUGGGAAAACCGUUAGUAAAGAAAUCCUUGGGGGGACAAUGUAUGCAUGCAUUGUCUGCGUUGUUAACUUGCAGAUGGCACUAACGAUCAGCUACUUCACUGUAAUUCAACAUAUAGUCAUUUGGGGUUCAAUUGCUAUCUGGUAUCUAUUUCAAGUGGUGUAUGGUGCCAUGUCUCCCCAGACUUCCACAGAUGCUUACAAAGUCUUUGUUGAAGCACUUGCCCCGGCUCCUUCUUACUGGCUCGUCACAUUAUUUGUGUCAUUCACAACAGUAAUACCAUAUUUCUUCUUCUCAGCAAUCCAGAUGCGGUUCUUCCCUAUGUAUCAUGGAAUGAUACAGUGGAUAAGGGAGGAUGGUCAAUCAAAUGACCCUGAGUUUUGUGCAAUCGUGCGGCAGAGAUCAAUCCGGCCAACAACUGUGGGUCAUACAGCACGUGUGGUAGCAAGUUCAGGUCGCCAACAUCACUAACACAGCUGAUGUCUUUCCAGGUAAUUAUAGAUUGAGAACCUUGAGCCAAUACUGGAACACUUCAUCUACCAACAUGGCUGGAUGAUACAGGGGCUGUCCGAGAUAUAGACCUCGUGAUUUUGAUCCGAGGAAGAUGAUGUAUAGAAUUGAGAAUCAUUGUUCGCAUAUUGUUGUAAAUCAUGAUCCCUGGUGAUCUGGGGCUACACCCUCUUGUUGUAGUUGCAUCAUGUAUAAUCCUUUUGAUUGAGAAACUGUACUUAGUACAUAACAUAGAUUAUUCAUUGUAGAUUCGGUUAGUGAUGCUCCCUUUGGGUUAGCAGUGCUGCUUUUUCACAGAGAAAAUAAUAUAGCCCCAAUUUUUAUUGAGUGUAUAACAAUGGUGUUGUUCUUUUUGAGUUGCUCUUCUAGCCUUUCAUAAAGUUUAGUACUUCUCUUCCAAGUCUCAAUGGAAGAAAUUUCAAACGAUAUC